CUCCACAUUGCGAUUUAAGGCUUUCCGAUAUGCUGGACAUGGAUUUCGUUCAUCUGGCCACCUUCCUUCGCAGGAUCGAAUCAAAAGCUUUGGAUUUAGGGGAUCGGAUGCAGAAGGGUUACAAAAGGAUAUGGUCGAGUGGCGACCUUGGCCUUUACUUACUUUGGCUUAUCAUGCAUCUGAUUGUGAGCAUUUGGUACUUUGCUGUGGAUUUGGUGAACGCGCUUGAGAGCUACCUCAUCUCCAGUGGCUUCAUGAAGCAAUAUAAAGAUCUUGACAUCAGUAAAGUUAGGUACCUGGCUGUUGUUCUGGACAGUGAAGAAGCUCUUGACACUAUGAAAGUUCUUGAGCUACUGAGAUGGCUCACGGCUAUGGGAUUGAGAAAUGUGUGCCUCUAUGAUCCAGAAGGAGUGCUGAAGAGAUCCAAAGAUGCCCUAUCUCUAUGGUUAAGAAGUGAAGUGAUUCCAAAUGGAGCUAACGGGGAUGCACUUGUUAAGCAGAAAUACCUGAACUUGGAAGUUAUUUCUUUUACUGAUGGGAAACAUGCAGUUGCAAAAGCAGCAAAUUUUCUUCUAAAAAAACAUUAUGUAAAUGCUGAUGCUGAGGUUCCUGAGUUGACCGAGUCUGAUAUGGCAGAUGCUCUUGCAGAAAUAGGGUAUGCGGCACCCGAACCUGACUUGAUGUUGAUUUAUGGACCUGUGAGAUGUCACCUGGGUUUUCCAGCAUGGAGACUUCGUUAUACUGAGAUUGUGCACAUGGGACCCCUCAAGUCUAUGAAAUAUGGCGCCUUAAUAAAAGCCAUUCGUAGGUACACUAUGGUGCGUCAGAACUACGGUACAUGAAUUGGUGUAUCUCAGGUGACAUUUUCCUCCAGAGACAUUUAGAAGAAUAAGAUACUUGUUACACCAUAUACAUAAGCAGCAAUGCUCAGAAUUAUGUAUGCUAUUUAGGCAUUGUGUGAUACCUAUAAAUGCUACUCAAUCAACUGUAUUACUGCUAUAAAUCAAAUAUCUUAUUUUUCUCUCUCC